UAAUUCCCAUUCAACCCUUUCUUUUCAUUGCUCUUUAUAGAUUAGAUUUACUUUCCUCUAUUUUCAUCUCUCAUUCUGGUGUUAGCAGCAAUAUCCAUAGAAGAGAGUCAAAAACAAAGAAAAAAACAUGAAGCUAGAUGUGGGUAGCGGUGGCCAAGUUCUAGAUUUAGAGACCGCUGUUAAAGAUGGCAUUUUGGGUGACAGUGGUGGUGGCAGCUUAAUUUCCACAAGCCACAUGGAUAAAUUAGAUCUGAAGAAUAUAAUUAAAGAGCUCGAGUCAAUAGAGGUACCAUCUGUGUUUAUUUGUCCAAUCUCAUUGGAUACAAUGCUAGACCCAGUUACUCUUUGCACUGGCCAAACUUAUGAGAGAUCCAACAUCCUUAAAUGGUUCUCUCUUGGCCACUAUACUUGCCCUACUACAAUGCAAGAGCUCUGGGAUGACGUUGUUACUCCAAACAAGACUUUGCAGCAGUUGAUUUACAGUUGGUUUUCGCAGAAGUAUUUAGCUUUGAAGAAAAGAUCAGAGGAUGUGCAAGGAAGGGUUAUUGACGUUUUGGAUACUCUCAAGAAGGUUAAAGGCCAAGCUAGAGUGCAAGCUCUGAAAGAGCUUAGACAGCUCGUUGCCGCACAUUCAACUGCCAAAAAGGCAGUGUUAGAUAAUGGUGGAGUUGGAGUUUCCUCUGUUUGUAAUUUGUUGGGUCCUUUUACUAGUCAUGCUGUUGGGUCUGAGGUAGUUGGGAUUCUUGUGAAUUUGGAUUUGGAUGCUGCUUCCAGGGAGAACUUGAUGCAGCCUGCUAAGAUUUCUUUAGUGGUGGAUAUGUUAAAUGAGGGUUCGAUUGAGACCAAAAUUAAUUGUACGAAGUUGAUUGAAAUGUUGAUGGAAGGUAAGGAUUUUGAGUCUCAGAAUGUGUCAAGUUUGAGUCUUUUAGUUGGGUUGUUGAGGUUAGUUAAAGAUAAGAGAUACCCAGAUGGGGUAUUGGCUGGACUUGGUUUGUUAAGAAGUCUUUGUCUGCAUGAGUCUAUUAGGAGUCCAGUUGUUAGCAUUGGUGCAAUUCCUCAAUUAGUGGAGUUGCUGCCUACUUUGAAUAAUGAGUGUUUGGAAUUAGCCCUUUAUAUUCUAGAUGUUCUUUCAACUAUUCCAGAGGGAAAAUUGGCUUUGAAAGAUUGUGCUAAUACAAUACCUACAGUGGUCAAGUUAUUGAUGAAAGUAUCUGACAACUGCACUCAGCUUGGUUUAUCAGUACUGUGGGCAGUUUGCCAGCUUGCACCAGAAGAAUCUGCUGCACUUGCUGUGGAAGCAGGUUUAGCAGCAAAAUUGCUUCUUGUAAUACAGAGUGAUUGUAAUCCUGAGCUAAAGCAGAGAUCAUCUGAGCUCUUGAAAUUAUGUAGUCUAAAUUACACGGCCACUCUCUUCAUUUCCAAGUGUAAGCUUACUAGAACCAUACAAUGAAGUAAAAUGCCAAUUUGGUGACGCCCAGCAAUUAGUUUAUUCUUGUUCACAAAGGCGGAGCCACGCACUGAGGCUUGUGGUGAUCUCAGAUGGAAUGGAGCCAAUCAAGGUUUCUAAGAUGAUAGAAGAAGGUGGACUCGUGAAUUAAGAUGGGCAGUGCCAAAUCUCAUAUGAAAAGUCUUCAAGAUUCACAAUUUAGCUCCCACCAAGGAAAUGAUGAGAGUCUACCAGAAACUUCUGUGAUGCACUCAAAGUUUCCAGUAUCAGGCAUGUCAAGGUUACAUGGCACUGCUAAUGGAAUCACGAAAAAAAUUGGUUAUUUGACGGCGAAACAAUAUGGAGAUCCAAUAUUUAUUAUUUUUUUUUUUUUGUGGCUGAGCUGUAGAGGUAUCCAGGGGGUUGGCACUCACACUUUGCAAGAUCUGAAAUAUCUAAUAAAGGGAGAAGCACAUCUAGUGGAGGAAACUUAUAAUAAUUCUCAAAAACAGCUUAGGGUGUCAUGUUCUUGCAAAAUCCCAUCUUCUUUUUGGCGACAUAGAUGGUGACAAGCCCCUUUGCCUCUGGGAUUGCCCUUUGCUGUGAUCUAUUGGGUGAUAGAAGGAUAGCUAAGGGGCUGAGCAAGCAACAAAUGGCCUGUCUAAUCCAAAAAAUAUUACUGGCUGCAGAUGCUCUACUUAUUUUAUGAAUGAACUUGCAGGGUUUCUUGAUGAUAUUAGAGAAUUCUUUAAAGGGUUUAUCCUUGUUAAAUUUCAUAGUGGGCCGGGUUUCUUGUUAGAUGUAUAAUUGGAGGACACGAGAGGCUUUGUUAUGUAUAGAAAUGAUUGCUGUUAGGAGUGCUGUUAAAUCAAUUGGAGUAGUCGAUCGAGCUGGUGGCCAUUAAAGGUAGAGACCAUCCACAAUCAAUCAGAAGAAAGGUGAAAAGACUAGAUACAGAAAACGGCAGCUUGCAAGUCCAGUUUUGUAUUAAAAAACAAAAACGUAGAGAUCGAAGUUUGGCAAUGGAAUAUAUUCAGAAUCACCGUGCUGCCCUGUUUACACUAAAAUAAUUGUGAGAACGGAAAUGACUGCUUGGAUUGGAGGGCUUCUUUUCCUCUCGGCGCUAUCUAAUGUGAAACUAAGUCUAAAUCUAUAAUCAUGCUGUCUAUCUAGAAAGAGUUGAGAUUCCAACCGGACAUGAAAAUCAUGAGAUCCACUUGCGGAAAAUAGUCAAGUUGACAAGAUUUCCAAACUCUUUCUUUUCCGAAUCAUUUGUUUUUUUCCAAUUGCUUGUCCUUGUGAAUGCUCCUUUUUUUUUUCUUUUUCUUUUCUAAUCUGUUGAUCAGAUUCUUUUGAAUGCAUUUGUGACAACAAAAGUGGAAUCCAAAAUUUUCUCAUAUAUUUCAUUCA